AUGGAGCUGGGAGAAGGCGAGAGGGAUUUAAUGAAAAUGCUAAUGCAGAAUGACCAGCCAGAGGAGACUAUUCAGCGGCCGAUGGAAGAUCCUGCAAUGGUUCAAUCGGGGGUAAGAAAAGAUCAAAUUUUGUACUUCGUAGGACCAGUCAUUUUCGCACCAUGCUAGUUAUUCGCUCGGCGCAUGUGCGAUCAGCCUCAACAAUACGAUCUUUCACGCGGUGAAUCAAGAUGGACUCUUUAAAAAAACUCUCUGUUUUCGUGGGAAGUGAAAUGCUUCUACCUUGAAGAAACGAGCGCUGUACUGUUCUAUGUAACUUGCGGGGAGCAGGGUUUAGAUAUAGAUAGUCGUCAAGAAACAUAUAUUUCCCGGAAACAUGACACGGAUGAAAAUUGACUUCAUGAAUUCAUUGAGCGAAAUUCAACAGGUUGUAGCGAGCGCUGGCAUUUACACAAGAAGUUGUUUCGACUAUGUAGAGCUCAUCGCUUGUCAGUUGACUGGUAAUGAUUCUUUGUCGGUAGAAUUACGACACUGUCCAUAAUCCAUGGGGUUUUUUGCUUCCUAUGCCUUGAAUCACUUGAAUCAUGUAUUCCACGCUCAAAAUAUAACAGGAAGAUAAGGUAUUCACAAGUUAAAAGUUUAGCCUGUGCAUUGUAAAAUUCAGUUAAAAAAUGCCAUUGAACCAGUGAGAAUGUUUUUACCACAGUAUUUUAAAUCAAGCUUCAACGUAACCAGCCAGUCUACAUUUGUAUUUUGGGAUAGGACAGAAUUUUGCAUUCUGCUUAACAAAAAGAUGAACAGCUUGGCUCUUGCUAGCAAAGUCCUUGUGGGGUAAUCAGUCCUGAAGUUAUGUUAACCAACCUUUGGAAUUGUGUAAGUGUUAUCAGAAAUUUACACAAAGGCACGAUGCCAUAAUUCACUUGAAUUAAGUGUAUUAUUCAUUUCAAAAAGGAAAAAGGAUUAUUAAACCAGAGGAAGGUAAUCACUUCAUAGCUAUAUAAGGCAACAGUUAGAAAAUCAGGAUUCUCACAUUCAAAAUGCUUGAGUCUGUAUGUACCUGUAACCAGAUGUUUAAAGUGAAGUCAACAUUAAAAGUGUACUGUAGUUUUUUAUUUGUAAAACAAAAUAAAUAACCUAUUUAACAACUGGAAUUCAACUCAUGUUGGCAUUGUUCACUGGGCUAGAAGAAAACUUGAAUUCCAGCUUGUUGUUUGCGCAAGCAGCUUUCACAUUUUGCUUUCUGGGGCCACAACUUACUUGCGGUAGUUAAUGAUUUUGUUAGAGAAUGACUCGGCUGGACCCUUGUCCAUUAAUUGGCCUUUAACCAAGUGAGCUUUAGAAGUUAUUCACCCAGUAAGAAAAUCUACUAGUCUUGAACAAUGGGAUGUAUUUUUUUUAGCACUGGUUCAGUGUUAACUAAGUGACCAAAAGGUUAACUUACCGUCAUAAAUCAACCUGUCAUGUAAGUUCCAAAAUGUUGUGGGCCAUAUUGAUUCACAUGCACAAACAUAAUGAGUGACCACUCCGCAAUGUAAAUCAAAAUGGCAGCAUUUGAAUGAAAUUAUAUUUGCAUGGUAAUGCUUCUAUUUAUUAUUGGUGAAAUGACUGUACCUUUUGCCCUCUUCUAUUGCUGGUUUUCACAUGGCAUCAUUCACAAUUCAAACUAAAGAAGUUAUUGAUCCUUUUGAGUUGUAACGUUCAUGAAGUAUUAGAGUCGCUUAAAACUAAUCUUUAUACCGUAUUUUCUUGAUUUAAUGCUGGGGCUGUUUAAUCGAGAAAAUAUGGUAUAUGUACAAAUUGUGUUGUUCCAGAAAAUAUCCAGACCCCUCCACUGAGGGAAUCAGAAAUUCCGAAGGGGAGGGGGUUGGACAAUUAAAUCACUUUCCAUGGGGUUAAUAUCAAUUCAUUUUGGAAUUAAGUUCAAACAUUGACCAACAUUGCUUCUUACCGAUCUGGUAGAUCAUUCUUGAGACACAAAUAACUUAAACUAUAUCAUUUAUGAUUAUUCUUUUUAAGCUUAAUCAGGUUUUCUGUCUUCCUUAGAAAACAUUUUUGGAUGCCAUUUCAAAGGAAUUAGACCGACUUAAACUUGAUUUAUUUUGUGCUCGUAGAUUCGGCUGCCAUUACUCAUUACCAGUCUCCCUAAAGACAUGUUGAGUCAGUCAAUUGCAAAAUAGUGAAAGUUUCGCUUCAAAAAGCAGAAGGUACAAGGUCAUGAUUUCAGAAUCUAGAGUUAAUUUCCUCUGUCUCCUUUUUUUUCUUAAUUUUGUGUUUGAGAGGGUGACAUCAUGACUGUUUGCGAUUGCAUUAACGCUAAAUGGCGUUACAAAAUUCCACCAACAUUUGAAAUAAGAAUCAUUACACAUUGUUGCAUCAGUCGAUGAAAGAAUAGUAUAGUGGCAAUUUUGCUUCACGAAACACAUGGUAUACAAUAUAACCGUUUCAGGAUCUAGAGUUUUCAUCCUCUUUUUUGUUUUGCCUUAAUUUUGUGGUUGAAAGUUUGACUUCUUUACUAUAAGCACCCACACUUGCUGAAAUGGCCUUAAUUACAUCAACAUUCUGCCUAUGAAGACAAAAAACAAGUCGUAAGCUUGCACAUUAUGGUAAAUUCACUGAUACAACUUAUUAACUUUAUCUGUUCAUUUAAAGAAAGAGAUAAGCAAAAUUUUGGGAUCAAUUUAGGUCUCUGGGAAACUGUCCACCCACCCCUCCCCUAGGCCAACAUUUUGCCGUUAGUGAGAAGUAAGUGAUAAUGUUGGCUUAAGGAAGGGGUAGGUGGACAGUUUCCCAGAAAUCUAAAUUGACCCAAAUUUUGCAGGUUAGGUUACCUUAUGGCAGCGUAGUGGGUUGUAAUGUUGUGAGAUCACUUAAUAACUGGAAACCGUUGGUCAAAAACCACAAAUGGCCUCAAUCUUUUACUUCAAUAACCUUUCUUCGAGUGAAUGAACUUUUUCAGAGGGGAGGGUGGUCUUUGUUACACCUCUGGAAAUUCGGGAGAGGUUGAACUGGGGAAUGGGGGGGGGGGGGUUAUCACUUCCCUACAAAAAUGGAAAAUUCAGGGAGGUAUGGGGUCCUAUGUGAAAUUCCCUCUGUGGUGAGCGUCUGGAUAUUUUUUGGAACCACACAUUUUCUCUUCAAAAGGAUUUUUCAUUUUGUCAUAGAGUACUCUUGAAUUUCUAAGCUUUUGCAUGAAGUGGCAAUUACAGGGAAACCGAGAGAGGCGUUCUGUAGAUUUUAAAAUUUGCAAUUUACAUGUACUUGUUUGGGGGGAUUUUGCUAUUUGAACACUCAUUGUAUUAGAAAAAGCUUUAAUGUUUGUAUUUCCUUGAGAGAUGAUAUUCACGCUUUUGUAGCAAAACUCAGUGACAGACAUUUCUGCUGGUUUCCAGCUGCCAUGUUGGUGCCUAUUCAGAUGGGCGUCAUCAUGACAUCUCUAUACGAAGCUCUACACAUUUGGGUAAACCAUUUCUCCGAAUAUCUAAUGCGUAUGAAAAAUUGCACUGACCUGAAUCUUGGUGAGGCUCUUUGCAUAUUUAUCUUCUUUCAUCUCUCAGAUUCUGGAUUUUUUAUCUUUUUGAUGGUUUUGAUUAUUAUUUUUGAUGGCAUGUUAGCGAACACCCGCAGUUGGCUGUCAAUAUUGAUCUCUUGACUUAAGGUACUCAUGCAGAGUUUGACAUAAGCACUUGUCCACUCACCAAUUUGAGUGUGAAAUCCUUUAGGCCAGUGGAAGUCGAAGAUUACUUACCCAAUUUGGAAAAUGAAAUUCUGUAGAGCUGAAUAUUUUUGACAAAAUAUAAUUUUACAUGCAUCAUACAGGUAGUCUCACACAUUCUAAGAGCUUUAGAAAUUUGGCAAAUGCAUGCAAUUCUACCACUUCAUAGAUACAAAAUGGCUUCUUUUCAUUUGACAGAACUUUAUGCAAGGUAUCUACUUUAAGUCAUGAUACUGCUGGUCAAAAACAAACACCCUCACUGAUGUGGACUGUUUAGUGUCUUUCCUUGUGUGGUUUUGUGUUGAAAAAUCUUUCAAUGCUAUAUUUUAGCUCCCAAAAAAGGGAUGUGAAAGAAAUCCUCAAAGGGCAGAUUCUAGAGUGCAAGAGAAAACGGUUUUUUAAUAAUGUCAAGUUGAUCGGCCUUGGUUGAAAGAUAGUCGAAAUUUUACUUCCAGAUUACUGGCAAAAAAAGUAACAACAACAGUAGGACAGUUGGCUCCUUUCCUUUAUUUAAUUUGUUAAAAUCCACGCAAAAGUAUUCAAAAUACCUGUAAAUUAACAGCUUUAGGAUUGAAACUCUCCAUAGUCAACAAAGGUCGAAGGCAAAUUCAAGAUGCAGAAGAAACUUAAAACAAACCAUGUGUGUUUGCUCAGGCAUGUGGUCAGAUAGAAACUCUACUGUGUUGACCAUAUUGUUUGUUUUAGUGUGGGGAUUAUUUUGUACACAGGUAAUGUUUUUUAAAUGUGCAGGUUUAUUUUCCAUGAUGAUUUAAAUGACGUGCCUUGUAAAUCAUGUUUUUCAACCUUUUGCCAUGAUGUAAUUUCUCUUGAAUCGAGGCCCUUGAAUUUUCGUGUAUUUAUACACGCGUAUAGCCUGUGACAGCGGACGUAUUUCCAGUUGUUGCUAACAUGUAUACUAAAUCAAUUCAGAAACAAAUCAUCCAAUAGCAUAUAAAAAGUAAAUAUCCUGAAGAAUUCUCGACCUGCGAUAAAGAAGGAAGUGAAAAACCUUUAGCGAGCCAAUCCUGUUUUGUGUAGAGUUAAUUUCCUCCUCAUUUCUUAUCUAAUCUCCAAGCAAAGCGAGACUAAACGCCACUUUUAAGUGCGUUCUUGUUACAGUAUAAGGGACAGGUGUGGGAUAUGUGACUAAACUGAUUUUUUUAGCACAAAUAGCUGAUUACAGUUUUGCAUGCAUUCAAGUACAGUAUACAUGUCAGUCAAAAAUGUUGGAUUUGAAACUGGCUUAGACUGAUUUGAUAUCAAUUUCCAACUCAGAACUUCACAUGUUGAACCUCUGAUAGAUAUGCUUUCAAUCAAUAAUUUUCAUAAACAUAAUUAUUUAAAUAAGUUAAAAUAAAUUAAAUCCUCCUUGGAUGAUCUUGUUGUGUUUGGGACAAGAAAUGGAAACAGUGUGGCAGCAUAGGAUGUGUGUAGGGCUCUUGGAAAUGUUGGAAAUGUUUCAUUUUUUCUUUUGGUAUGAGCAGAUGAAGUUAGGAAUAACAAGUCAUUAGCAUUACCUGUGGAAAAAAAUACAUCUCAAAAAUGAAAAAAAGAAGUCAAAAUUUGUACACAUGGUUUUUAGAAUAACUACCAGUGUAUCUGGCAGUAAGUGGGUCACAUUUCAGCCAAAUUGGUUCGUGGGUUGCCAACUUGUACAAUGUAGUUCAAACUGUACGCUCAAUUUGGCCCAGUUUGCAUUUAGAGAAAACAAGGAAUAGAGUUGUUGCUGCAUCUUGCCUGUAACGAGAUUAUAACAGAUUAUAACACCAAAGCUGUCAAUGUUGAUGCACUGUCACCAGGGAAGGAAUGGCAAUAAUUCUUUGACACAGCAGGAAUAAGUUUCUGUCACAUGUGGCAGCUUGGACACGAAACAUAAUUUACACAGCUUAGUAAAUUUAACAUUUUAAAAUGAUUUAUUUCUUAAUAUAAUAUUUUCUGUAAUGGUUAAAUUUGAAAAUAAUGACUAUACUGACAAUCAUGCCACAUACCAGGAACACUCUUCAGGAGUUGUAAGCAAUUGUAGAAAAGCAGUCAUCUUUUAUCUUGAUGUGGUAGACAAAAACAAACUAGACAAAAAAACAAGAUCUUUUUCUCUUUUUGGAGGCACAGUCGUCGGGUUCACUAAAGACAACUCCCUUUUCUUAUGCCAGUACAGCUGAGCUGAAAAUUUUGACUGGACAUUUUAUUCCCGCUUAACUGUUCAAUAAUUUUGUGCUUUUCACACACAAUUGACAAACCAGGUUCAAUUUUAACUUUAUUCAGUGGUUUUACCAUUUGCCCAUGCACCCUACUUGUAUGAGCAAAUCUAAAAUGGUGUCUCCUAGCUGAAUUUCCUUGCAUCCAUGCAACCACACUUUUGCUGCACAGCAAUUUAGACGAUCAUGGUGUUCACACAUCACUGGUCAAGCUUUUAACUCCUCAAGCUCAAAAUUUGAGCUCGAUUUGGGCAUUCAGAUUUUCGAAUGGCUAGGCAUCUAAAUUUUCAUAUGGUUAGCAUGGUUCCAUGUGAACACAACACCAAAAUGCAUGAAUUUAUUUAUUAUUAAUUUUGCACAAAAUGCAAUUGCCACUGCGAUAAUCAUAUCGUCAUUAAAAAAUUUCUAUUUCUGUAGUUCACAUCUUCAUUGAGACUGAAAUUGGAGAAUUCCUCUGAUCUGCAUAAUGGUCAAGAUCAUGAAACAUUUUAGUCAUACAUGUAGUCACGGCUACAACUAAUCUCGGUGAAGUCUAAGUAAAUAGUUGUGUUCAGACUGAAUGGGAAGCUUACCAGGAAAGUCACUUGCGCAAUGCCAAAAACUACUUGAUCAAACGACUGGACAGGAGUUUUUUUGAGCCCUGCUUAAGAUAUUUUGUCACCCACUUUUCCCAUUUUAUAGAGAAGCAUCACAUCUGUCCCUUGCUGAAAGCAGACAGUUUGCCACACAUCCAUCUCACUCUGAAAACCCUUCCAAGGCACCUUACAGCAACAAUAUGUGGUAGCUUGUUACCCUGGGCUGGUCUUUAUGACUGUGAGACUAAAUUACCAGUAACCCUCAGUGUUCUGCCUAAAUUUUAGCUCAGCAGAUAAGGGACCAUUCAUAGCUGGUAAGGCAUAAGAUAUGCACUAGAGGUGCACUUUCCUGGGGGGAAGGGGGUACUGGAGUGUGGGACAUGGCCCCACCCUUGCUGGGAAAUUUAGGAACUAGUUCUCUGAAACGUCAUUCCUUCAUUUUAAGACCUGUUUUACGCUAAUCCGCUGUCCAUAUAUGCAUUCAUUUCCUUGUGGCAUGUGAGAAUCUUGAAAGUAAAUCUUAAAAUUGCCAUUUCAGGCGGUAACAAGUGUUGCUUCAGGCAGGAAAUUUUACCAGUUACCCCCUGAUAAGGAGAACACUGACCCUAAAAUUUAAAACAAUAUUAAUGAAAAAUUCCUAGUAACCUUUAUUCUAUGGUGAGAAUCUAUCGUGCAUUUUUGGUGGCUCAGCUUGUUUUUCAUUGAUUGCUAUGCCUCCUUUAUUGGUCUUUAUUCUAGACUCAUUUCUUGGGGAACAUUUCAAUUUCUUGCGGAUAAAAUGAAGCAACCUUUUCUCAGUCUGCUCUUUGUGCUCCUAGAAUUUGAAAGAUUCUCUGGUAUUCAUCAUUUUUGAACAAAUAAGCUGUAAAAUAAUCAAAAAUGAGUAUUUUAGAAAUUGGGAAUUAUUUAUGGUAUCAUGGAUUAAAGGUGUACCUACUCUAGGAAAAUUUUCUGCUUUGAUCAAGCCAUUUCAAACUGGGAGAUUUUGGUAUGAUGGAAGGCACCCUUGAGACAUGUUUUUCUUGAGGCUUCAAUGUUGAUAUAAGUUUCUUACCUUUCAUAGGGGUACUCCCAGCCUGGCAUGGGUUAUGGAUCAGCUCAUUAUAGUGGGAUGCAACAGCAACAGCAACAGUUACCCGGAAUGGGCCAUCACCAACAACCAAGAGGUUCAAAUUACCAUUCCAUCAGUCCAGGACAGAUGAUCCCUAGAAGUCCUAACAAUGGCAUGAUGCCUCAAGAUUUAGACUUGGUACUUCAACAGCAGCAAUAUCAGCAGCAGCAGCAUCAACAAGCUGCUUAUGGAGGUGGCAAUUUCCAGGGCUAUAAUGGAGGUUAUGGGGGACCAAGAACUAUGUCACCUCAGACGUCUGUUCAAUCUAUGGGUGCAUACCAGGGUGGGUUUCCAUCAGAACAAGGAUAUCCCCAAGGAACUGGCUCAAAUCAUACUGUAGGGGAGUUUGGUCCACAGACAGGCUCUAACCAAGCUAUGGGUAUACCAGGACCAGCUUCCUUGAGUCUUGCCAAUCUGUCUGCCAGACAGCAGCAGUAUUAUUCAGAUGGUUAUGGAAUGAAUAUGCCUGUUUCUCCGGUACAUAAGCAGAUGCAGCAAGGUGGAGGUUUCCUUCAGCCCCCAGGGAUUCCUUAUUCACAGCAGGUUCAGUCGUACCAGUCCAACUCAUACCCCAAAAGGCCCUCACCUUCAUCGGUGCCAAACCAGAUGCAGGGAUUUAAUGCUGGUGGAUCGUUUAAUGCUAGAUCCAAUACUGGGAUGCAGAUGCCUAACAUGCCGUAUCAAUCCCCAACCAGCCCAUAUCAACCACCACAUUCCCCAGUAAGAAGAUCAACCACAUCCCCAGUACAACAGCAAGAUGCUGGGUUAUAUAGCAGACCUCGUGAAGCUUUUCCACAGCCAAGGUCUCCCUUUGGCUCGAGUCAGGCACAGUUUCAACUGCAGCAACAACAACAACAACAGCCGCAUAGUUCUUGCAUGUUUGUUCAGCCCAGUACAACCCCAUCCCAGUCACAAUACCAGUCCCAGCAACAAAAAGUUGGAGGAUUAACUCAACGCAGAGCUUCAUAUCCUGGACAGCAGAGCACGAUGAAAAUGCCUUCUCCACCACCUAAGAGAUCCCCCCCUACCUCUUUACCAAAUCCGAAGAGUCCUGAUCUGUUAAGGGGAAAUCAGCUGGGAUUUGAUGAUCGAGGUUCAGUUAAGCCUGUUUCCAAAAAGGAAAAAUCAUCAUCACCACCUUAUUUUGAUCCCAGUCAGGUAGUUUCUGCUUCACAAAUGAAAGGAACUCUUUCUAAGAAAGGGGGUGAUAGCCAAAAAGGUUUGCCUCGUCUGCGGAGAAGCGCUUCUGAUGUUGGAAGUCCUUGCGUAUCUCCUCCACUCACUAAAAAGGUGGAUGCGAGUAGAUCAGAAGAGGAAGGGUGUGACAUGAAAGUUAACGAAAGUAAGAAAGUGGAGGAAGCUAAGACAGUAAGAGGGACUCGACAGAGUGAACAUGAAACCCAUUCUCCAAAGAAGCAGCUAGGGGAUAAGAGAGAGGGGAACUUUGAAACAGUGAAGGAAAACAAAUUGAGUGGUCCUGGGAGCAGUUUAUCACCAGAGCGAAACGAGUCUGUUGUGGAAACAUUAAAGCCAGAGAAUGUAGCCCAAUCUUCAAAAGAGUCAAAACAUCAACAGGUGGUUGGAUGCAAAGAAGGUGAAGAUGGAAAAAGUGGUGCAGAGAAACCAUCAGGCGAUCCUAAUGCCAAGGAAACUGAAGUUACUGCAGCUGUAUGGAGCCUGGACGUUAUUAAAAAAGAUGGGAUAUCGAAAGAGGUCAUCAACAAGGCGGACAAAAACCCGGCUGGAGAUAUAGCAGCAGGUUGUAACAUGGAAAACGUGACUUGUGAAAAAGACGAUUUGACCAGCGAUACAGAGAGAAAGGCUACUAAUGAUAAUGUUCAGGUAUCGUGUGCUGAAAAGGACAGUGAAAAAAAGCAGGAAAGUGGUAAAGUCGAUGGAGACCGUGAAGGAAAUAGUAGUGUAACAACGAAUGUGGAGGGUAAAUUGAGUAAGAAACCUGUUGUAGAAGCUGGGAAACCAGCUAACAAAAAAGACAAUCACUUGGAGGGCAUCUUGGCGGAAAAUAGAAAAACUGGCCAACCGGUUAACGGAUCGGAUGAUGAACUUGUUCGUAGAGAUAAAAAGGUUGGACAGUCCGAUAUUACAACAGUUGAGGGUAAUCAUGAAACGGCGCAGCGAAACGGGGAUGCGAGUGAGGCUAGUGAAAGGAAAGAGGCUGACGAGACAGACACCGUGUCAACUGAUACGAAGGGAACUGUGAAACAAGGUUUUGAGCCUGUCAAAUCAGCCAAUGUUGCAACUCCAUCAUCUAACAAAUGUGAACCAAGCACCGUCAAGUCAAAUAGUAAAAAUAAAACGGCCGAAGAAAAUCAACAUUCGGUGAAACGCAACAGUGGAUCAACUCCAGCAGUUGUUGUAAAGGAGAAGCCAGUUACGGUCUCCCUGAGGUGCGAAGAACGUUUGUCUUCGGAUGAUGACGAUCGUCUGUCAGCUUCAAAAGUGGAUUCAUCACCUCCGCCAGUGGAAAGCAAAACCCAAGGAAUCCAGACGAUAGAGCAGACCACAGCUUCUCCACGUUCCAGCCACCAACAGGUUACUCCAAUCAAAGCUACCAUCAUUGCGAAGGGCAAGUCUGCUCAGAGCAAUCAACAAGUCAUGGUGGCUAAGACCACAUCUGGGCAAAUGUAUCUCAUCCAAGGGAACCUUCUGGUGCCUGUUCAGUCUCUCAGUUCUGACUCCUUAUCAAAGCAGAAUUCAAAGGUGAAUAUUAUUCUUUCAAUAGUUUACGAAAGGGAGUAGGUAAGGCUGUUUUACGCAUGCACUAUCAGCAAUUAGUAAAAUCCAACUAGCGGUCUAUUAUCAAUGCUGCGUUCUGAUUGGUUGAGCUUCUACUAGGCUAUAUGUUAUAGCACACUAGUAGCGAAAAGCGCCCGCUUUGCAAAACAAUGGCGGCUGAGUCGCGUUUUGCUAGCUUAAGUUGUUUUAUCUCGAUAGUUUUGACCAACUGGUUGGAUUUUACUAAAACAAUUAUUCCUCUCGCCCUCAUGGCCUCUGAGUCAAUUGACUCAGAGCCCAUUCGGGCUCGAGGAAUAAUUGUUAAUUAGGGUUGCAGAAUUGACUGAAAUAUCAAAAUAGAGAGCUUAUGCGAAGACGUUUUUGAGCGAUGCAGUGCAACCGGAAGUGGCCUUUUUGCGUCCAUGAGCUGUGGUUGUCCUUAAUUUUUUGGCAAAUCGUCUCGAUUAGAAUAAUAACACUAAGGAAUACAAUUUGAUACCGUCAAGGCAUAAUAAAAAAAGAAAAGGCCUCACAUCUGGGUCACCUGUGUCGCUCAAAAACGUCUCUUCCUAAGCUCUGUAAUAGGCUGAUUUAGCAACAGAAAUGGAACGUCAUUUGACGAUGGCAAAGCGCGCGUAAAGGACUAAACUCUACUUCCGGUGCCCAGUUUGCCGCUGAACCAUUAGUCAAGCCAGUUGUUUGAUUUGCGCGCGCCGUCGUCAACUGACGUUCCCGUUUUGUUGCUAAAUCAGCCAAAUAACUGCUUAAGACUGUAAGAGAAAGCAAGAGGCGACACUUAACGACUACUAACGAACGUUCAGACGGUCGGGCAGGCAUGGAGCGAGAAAUAAGAUCAAAUGCUGUGACUGCCAUGCCACUUAAAUUGGUGAAACCGGCAGAAACCUUCGCACGCAACUGACUGAAUACAAACAAGCGAUAAGAAAGGGUGAUGCCAGGCUGCUCCGUGGGUCGCAUCUUCAUCGUAAGUCUAUUACGAAUAAUUGACAGACAGUUUUUAAGUUUUGAUUAGCUUAAAUUCUCAAAAGGUCCUUGGGUUUGAUUUGUCACGGUGCUUUCCGAAAAUGAAAUAUGGGGUUUGUUUUUCACUUUUUAACAAACUUAACUACUUUCUGUAUCUUUCUAAGGUGCUAAUUGUGAAUCCGGUGAAGACGCCAACGGGUCAAGUCAAACAUAUACAAACUGCAUCCGUAUUGAAAAUAGCCGAUGCCAAAGAAAACAUAGGCCACGAGGCAUCUAAAGGUACUGCGCAGAAGGGAACGGCCUACGAGGCGGGCAAUGAGAAAAAUGAUGAAAAGUUAAAAUCAAACAGAUUGCGUAGUUCUAAGGGCGACACGAAGAGCAGUGAGGAGUCACCAGCUGAUAAAAAACAUCACACUGCCGCACUUGAAAAGGAAAAGGUUAGCAGUAGCAGUGGAUCUAAUGCAGGGACAGACUUGACAAACUCUGCCGAUAAAAGGGAGGAUACAUCCUCUACAAGCAGACAGGCAGAGUCGAUGCCUGAAGAUAAACCACCGACCAAAACUCCAGGUCGUGGUCGGCCACCAGGGAGCAAGGAUAAACAGAAACGUAAAUCUUUUGUGCAUAAAUCUAAGCGAACAGAAAACGAAGAAAAAGUGGAUGAACCCGCUUCAAAACGGAAGUUCUCAAAGACUGCUAGUGUUGUAAAGGACAUGUCUUCUACUGAAGCGUCGACCUCUUCCAAACGACCUCUAUCUUUGGAGGUACCAACGGUUAAUGCAAGCAAAUCUCCGAAACGACGCAAAGUGUCGACUUCGGGAUCUCCAGUAAAGCAUAUAUCUGUAAUGCCUCGUGGAGGAGUUGACGGCGACUCAUGGGUUUGUUGUUUAUGCGGAAAACGCAGCGGUCAUAACUUGCUGGGAGAUCUCUACGGACCUUAUAAGACAAAAUACUCCAAAGAGAAAACAGACAGCUCUUUUGCAAAGGACAGUAAACUAUCUCAAAAACUGUCAUCACCUGGCAGAAAGUCGAGUUCCAGUUCGGACGCACACGUGGAACGGAAGUCGAGUUCUAAUGAAGAUGAUAUGGAAAAUUAUGAUUUGGACUUGUGGAUUCAUCGGGAUUGUGGAGUGUGGUCUCCGGGUGUAUUUAUGUUGGGCAAAAUCCUUCAUGGGUUAGAGCAAGCUGUAGAAAGUGCAGCGCAGCAUGUAAGUAUUAUUUCUUAUUCUUUAAGUUAUGAUACCCAAACCUCUCAUGUAACUGUUUCAUUUACUUGUCUUUUCACGCAUCUCUGCAAUCCUACGUCACGAACUUCUUCCGUAGGCCUUUGUUUUGGUUGGGUACGUACCCGAGAUGAGAUGGCACUGGUGCGUGGACGCAGAGAUCACCCUGCUGACCGAAUUCAAUUUGCGUAUACAGCCUGUUAAUGACCCCGAAGGGAUUUCGCCUAGAAGACCAAAUCCCAAGAAGGCAGCCUAGUAACUCGCGCGUAUAUAUAGGAAAGUGGUAACAGUUGAAAUAUGCAGUCAGUAAAUUCGCGAUUGCUUGAACAGGGGCCACAUGGGAUCGUUGGGUAAUGAUGACGUUCCUAUUUUAAACGCCCAGUGGUAAGAGAUGGUUAGGAUGAUGUAAAACAGAAAAUUCCCGAAGGGACCGCUUAGAUUGAUUUUGUGACACUUAUUGUACAGUCAAACUUCGAUACUCUUGUGUUACGUGUGUUCCUGAAGUGACAUUCUGUGGAGCAGCUGUUUUUAAAGAUGUGGACCGAAAGACACUCGUUAAGUGCGGAUGACGUUAUAAGAGGCGUAUAGCUGUGUAUAUAUAAACACUUGGAGAGUUUGCCAGACACGAGUUUAUCAUUCACAAAUCUUUGACUGAAAACGAUUUGCCAGUUAUAAAUUACUUUGGGAGAAUAAGACUCAGUCCACAAACAAGCAAGUUUCCCAAUGCAAACGAGUGAAUCAAACUAGCUUAUCAGCCGAACGAUGGACGAUAACAGAAAUCGGCUUGCUUUCCGGCUAAUAAAAUGAACUGUAAAAAGUGCGAGCGAAAUAGGGAAAAAUUACCACUUCUAAUCAAAUCUUUUCUUCUAGUUUAAAAAAAAUCAUCGUAACUGCGAAUGUUUUGAUCAAAGCUGCGUAAAUCGACCUACCUACUGUAUGGAAUAUGUGCGAAAAUCUUCAGAAUGAUUCGGUAUAUUUUAAAGACCUACACAACGGCAAGGAAUACAAUUGACUGACAACAUACAGAGCGGUAGAAGCUGCAGUGUCAAAAACAACAACAAUAAUAAUAAUAGCAUUUAUUUAAACACGAUUAAAAAUUCAGCAAAACUGAUGUGGUCGUAUGCAUAACAAUAAAAUUAAACUUCCUAACUAAUCACAAUAUUAAAGUCAGACGUUGUACUUACUGUCUGUUUUCUCAUGGGCCAAGGGUAUGCUCACGUAUUAAGACAAUGAAUAACGACAUAACGUGGCAUAACUCGUGUCGUCCGCCCCAUUGGUUCAGAUUUGGUACCAAAGGUAGUAGCAAUUGGCAUUUUACGCUUUUGCGCCUCCUUAUGUCCCAUAAAAUUUGUGGCUAUCGUUUGUUUGUGCUCCUGUUUGCGGUGUAUGUCUACCGUACAAUUAGGUUAUAAAAUAUGUCUUUAAUAUAGAAGGGUGAUUAUAAGGAGAGGUUCGAUCGUGCUUUGCUUUAUGCGAGUCGUCAGUAUUAACUCCUGUGUGAUAUAAUUGUUUGUGAUUUUUUUCUUUCCAACAGAAAUGCGUGAAGUGUUCCGAAGUUGGUGCCACGCUGGUCUGCUUCAAACGAGGAUGUAUUAAAAUGUAUCACUUUGCUUGUGCAAGAGAUUCAGGUGACUGUCUUUAUUAUUGUUCCUGUUGGCUGUGCUAUAUACAGAGGCUUGUCUCAUGACGUCAUUUCCGCCAUGUUGGUUUCCAAAACCAGUCCUUUAUGAGUGAAAACGCUGUCUCUGUAUAGAGGCCAAAGUCUUCCUAGUUGUGAUUUGUACUUUUUGCUUCGUUUCUUUUGUUACAUGUGAUCUGUGCCUGGAUAUCAGAAGUAUCCAUGAUAUUGAGGAAAGGGUACUAUGGUUACUUACCGGUUUUUUACCGUUUACACGGACAAACCGGUCGGUCCACGGUUUAGGCAAAUGGUAACAAAAAUUCAGUCGCGUUUACCAUUUGUACAAAACAGUUUCAUUUACCGGUAAAAACGACCGAGAACGCCUGAAACUGUCAUCAAAGAUGUCUUUCAAGAAAUGGAACACGAAUUUCCGUUUGGAAUAUUCCGUCCGGAAAAAAAGGACUACCUUUUCAGAUGUUCCGUUGCUGCCGGACAUGUUCGGCUGGGACGCCCAAAAUAGUCAUGUUCCAUUACUUUCCAACUGGACUUUCCGGAAACUUGUUGAAAUGGUAAACAACCACCAUAACAUGGAAAUACCGCAAAUGCCGGCUGAAAAAUCAAAUGGUUCGCGACAUUUCGUUUGGGAAUCUUCAGAAAAUAUGGGCUGUAAAUUGAGGCGAUGCAAUUUUUCUACUCUCUUCAGCCCGUUCUGCAGAUGUAGAUGUACUUUGCAGCGGGCCGUUCUUCCAGCCCGCCAAAUUUCAUAAAUUUAUGUGUAUGCACAAGAUUGAUUUCCACCCUUGUAGUUUGUGUAAGUGGUAAGCACCCUCAGUUCCUAACCAACUGGACUUGAGCUGCAAUGAGGGCGGACUGGAGGGCGAAGGGGUGGGUGGGGUUUAGACCGUGAGAGAGAAGGCAGAUUUUGAAACCCGGCCUUACGGCUUGUUUCAGUUUUUAUUUGAUUAGGUCAUCCAGCUUUCGUUUAUUUGAUUUUUUUUUCUGUUUUUGUUAUUUAAUAGGUUGCACUUUCGUUGAGGACAAUUUUACGAUAUUCUGCUCAACGCACAAGGUAGGUAACGGAUGGUUGUUGUAUGUAUAGAGGUUGUUUUUUUCAGGAACGCAACUACAGGAACGCCUCUAGUUUGCACAAGAAGCCAUGUCUGUUUCAUACGCUGUCCUUAUGGCCUUUUCCCGGCUUAAGACUCUAUCGGAAUAGAUGAAUUUGAGAGUGCAAAUUGCUAUAUUCGACUUAUUUUGAUUUUUUUUCUUUUUUUUUCAGUGACGAUGAGAGCAACGUUUCAUUAAUUUCUUCCUUUUCGUAAAAAUUGACGGCUUUUAUUUUUCACCGAUGUCUCCUUUACUUGGCUGUCUUAAGAAUCUUCCAUUGUGUACGCAGAGCAUUGAGCAGUUAUUAUUUCACAUACUGAUUUUAUUUUUCGUUUGCCACGUCUUACUGGAUGUAGCGUAUUAAGACUAAUCCGAGGAACUGUACUCUGUCGACCAGGCAGGCGCACAAAGACAACCAAACUUGCGUUUUGUUUCUCUGCCAGCAUUCCGAGUUUCCCGCCUCUGGCUUUACUCCACAUUUGCAUCUGCAAUUUCCCGCGCUUCACCGUGAUUGGCUCAUUGUGUUGGUUUUUUUUUGCUGUAAUUGGCCAGAUAGUCUGACGUGUGUCAUGACUUGACGAUGGUCAUGUGGAAGCCAAAGUUAUCGCUGAACCUUGAAAAUUGGAGGACAUAACUUACUGCUUGGACUUAUUUCCCAUUGGGUUGGCUAGUUCCAAUCCUGUCUUUAUGGCACUGGCUGCCGUCUUUGUUAUGUUGCGUUUAUCUCAACAACCACUUUACAUAGGUCUCAUUCACUCUAUUUUUUUAAACCGUCUGUUUUUGAUUAAUCGGUCCGCUAAAUGACUAUUGUGGGUGUAAACGAACGAAAGUAGAACGUUCAAUAGGAGGUGCAACAUAUUUUUGUUACGGUGAAAUAUCACGCUGACUGUACGUCAUAAAGAUUUGUAACUCCUUGACAACAAGUGUUUCCCAGGAAUAUUUUAUUCUUAAUAAGUGCAUGUUUAGUCUGGUUUGUGCUCAGGAGGAGUCAAGAUUCAAAUUUUUAUAUUCAGUGCAGAAUUAUGCAAUGAAACGUUCUACGUUGUUGUAAAAAUAGUAGUCCUUGUGGAGUGUUGGUUCUUUUCUCUUUAUUUGUGGGGGAC